ACUGCAUUUGAAUUGGACCAAGAAACUGCCAAAGACAGAGUAAUGGCUUCUAUGAGGUUUCACCCUUUUGGCCUAUUUGGACUCUUGAGUGUCCUUUCUACUCUCAGUGCAGCGGAGAACCUUAAAAUGCACACUAUUCGUGGACUUAUGACAACCUGCGGAGACAAUGUCGUUCUAAGAUGCAACGUGACCACAGAUGGCGCUCUAGAUAUCACAGAAUUUAGCUGGAAGGACAGUAAAGAUAUUUGCAACUGGGGCCAACCAACAAAUCGAACAGAUAUGCAAUGCAUGACUGCAACCUCCACAAACAGCUACAACUAUUCCCUGACCAUCUACAAUAUCCAGCCCAAACACACGGGGGCCUACCACUGCCAACUACACUCCAAACAAGGGUCAAGAAACGGCAAGACCUUUGUUCAAGUUCACAAGUGUGUUGGUAAAAGUACAGUAAGAGUGAAUUCAACUGAUGGAACCUGCAUUUUCGAAGAUGUCUUCCCCAGAUCGGGAGUCUCAUGGAAACAGGGAAACGACGACAGCAUUUCUCACCUGGCCACUACAACUGUGACAGAGAACGAGAAAGGACUGUUCACUGUUGUUAGCACCAUGAAGGUUAAGAAAGGAUCCAUCCUACUCCAGUGUGUAUACAUGUUCACUCUGGAUGCACGUUAGAAUUGACAUGUUCUAUCCGGCGGUUGCUGCAGUGAGAACUUUAACCUUUUCCAGAGCAGAAAGCCUCAUCGUGCACUGGUUCGGUGUGAUGAUAGCGAUGGUUUUAUGGACGGUAAUGGUUAAAGCAUAAGACAAGAAAUAAUGUAAACAAAAAUACUUUUAAAAAAUCAAUCCCAAUCAGUAUUUCUAGCACCUAUAGCCUGAUCAGCCAUCUGAAGUUGCAUGUUUUUUAAGGUAUUUUUAAGCAAUAAAAACAUGUGCUUGAUUAAACAUAAGAUAGAUAAAUUUAAUGUCUCACUGUGGGACAUUCUGGGCAAAACCACAACAGCCACAUAUUGCUAACUGUCAGCUACUGUCUCUUACACACAAUCAAAGCAUUCAGAGCAGUUUUUUUUGUUGUUGUUCCUCUCUGAAAGCACAAAUUGCAUCCCCGCUAAACCACUUGGACCCCGCAACAAAAGUAGUCUUAUUGGUUGCUAUGGCGAUCUGUGGAAACACCGCAGCGCUCGCAUUAUGCCUGAUUUCCCUCCUAUAAUUUCUUUUUUUUUUUUUUUUCCAUCUUCCAAUCUCGUUCAAGUCCAUCUGAUGAGCUUUUAGAUACACUCUGAAUGGCGCGCUAAGUGAAGAGGGUUUUAGCGCUGGAGAAAAAGGGAGUUUGGAAUUGUACGCCGGUAUUUCUGAACCGCAAAGUACUGCGUGUAUCUAUGCACUUGACGUACAGUGCAUGUUUAGAGCACAUGCAGGUGAAUCCGUAAGACCAUUUUCUGUCCCACUUCUUCACACAUAAAAAUGACAUUGAAAAGAGAGACAGAAUAGUACGGGGAAAGCAAAGCAGAUUCGCUCACUUGUUUCGACUGACCUACUUUUCAAACUGAGAGGUUUUUGAGAUGUGGCUCGACUGGUGAAAUGUAUUUUGCUGUUGUUGUUGUUGCAUUAAAAGGCCUAUUGCACAAUAUUUUAUCUAGGUUAUAAUGUUUUCUCACCACAAACAUACACGGAGUUGAGUUCUGUUUUAUCCACACAUGUUUAACUCCAGAUCCUGCAUAUCUAGUUUCUUUUUCAAACUGAAAUGCUCUGUUUUCACUUUGUGUUGUCAUUAACUGGUAAUACUGUGAAUGCUCCACUGUGUUUUUAAAGUCUGUGUACCUUCACCAGAGAUGGGGACUUGCAAGUCGUGACUUGGACUCGAGUCAGAUUUGAGUUACUAUUUUUAGGACUUGAGACUUGACUUGAUAAAAUGGACUCAGACUUGGGACUCGACUUGGACUUGAGCCUUGUGACUUGAGAAGACUUGAGAAGCACUUUUAAAUCUGAAUUCUUUCUGUUCUGACCAUAAUGAUUCACACUAAGAUCUUGUCAAGACAUUUUAAAAGAAAAAAAUUGCAAAGACCACAUCGGAUUAUCAAAGAAACUACAAUUAUUUAAUGUUAAAAAUCACAUUCUAUUGUCUCAAUAAAGAGCAUUUUUAAUUAUCAUUGUGGAAUCGGUACUGAGUAUCCUAUUCCUUAGUAUCGAAAUCAAGUUUAACAUUUUUUAACUGCUGCCCACUAUAUUUUCACCUUCAAUUUGUUAAAAAUAUAUAUUGAAAAAUAUCAAAGUGCAAAAUAAAUAAUCCACUUGAAAAAUUACAGUGAGCAGAAACUUUUUAAAUGUUUCUGCUCACCCUUGUAUACUGCGCAUCUUUGGCGCAACUACAAGAUAAAGAGUUUGCAGAGUUUGACAGUGGCCUAUAAUGACUCUCUGAGAAUAUCACUGAAAGUGCUGAGAUUCUGUAGCGCCAGUGAAAUGUUUGUAAACUGUGGUGUGAGACCUUGUGCUGUCACAAUCAGAUGCUGUAUUUAUUCACUUAUGUGUAGAGCCAUGAAUCUGAGCAAUCAAAUCAUUGAAGCUCUAGUGUGUCCUGUGAGGAGCUCUGUCAGAUUCACCUCUAAGCUGUGGAGACACUGGCGGUCUUGUCUGUAUACAUUAUAACAUGCACUGUAUUUAACUUUUUUAUUCCUACUAUUUUCUUUUUAAUACUGUGAACCAGAUAUUACGUGUUCUUAAUAAAGAUUGAAUUGAAUUGACUACUAAAAUAAUCACUGUUGCAACCCUAA